GCAGUGUAUUUGACUGGCGAUUUAGAAACCUUGGUCAAUUAGAAACUAAGGUUUUAAUAGGAGGUUACUAUUUUAAUUGCUUUCAUUUUAAUGGUUCAACAUAGAUUAGAUUAACAAUCAUGUAUGAUGCAAAAAAAUCGUGUUAGAUUCAUUUCACUCUUGCUGUAAACCAACAAAUAUAUCGCUUUAUUUGUUCAUGUUUUUAGGACGUCUCUUAUUUAACGAAUAAACAUGAUUAAAUGAUUAUUUCUGACACAUUUUCUGCGGUGUCAGACGCCCUUUGUGUACAAUAGAGGAAACCCUGUUUGGCCGCCAUCUUGGACAGGCAGGCAGUCUCCCUCCUCCAGCUCAGAGGAAGCUGCAAAUCCGUUCGGAAAGCUCACGGCGUGAAACAAACACCACAUCCCCUGAGCCACAAUGGCCACCGCACCGUACAACUACUCGUACAUUUUUAAAUACAUCAUCAUCGGGGACAUGGGGGUAGGCAAGUCAUGUUUGCUUCACCAGUUCACAGAAAAGAAAUUCAUGGCCGACUGUCCCCACACAAUCGGCGUGGAGUUCGGAACGAGGAUCAUCGAGGUGAGCGGGCAGAAGAUCAAGCUGCAGAUCUGGGACACGGCAGGGCAGGAGCGCUUCAGAGCCGUGACACGCAGCUAUUACCGGGGCGCCGCCGGAGCGCUCAUGGUGUACGACAUCACCAGGAGAAGCACGUAUAACCAUCUCAGUAGCUGGCUUACAGAUGCCAGGAACCUCACCAACCCCAAUACUGUGAUCAUUCUCAUAGGUAACAAAGCAGACCUGGAAGCUCAGCGAGAUGUGACGUAUGAAGAAGCCAAGCAGUUCGCUGAGGAGAACGGUUUGCUGUUUCUGGAAGCCAGUGCAAAAACAGGCGAGAAUGUGGAGGAUGCUUUCCUGGAGGCGGCGAAAAAGAUUUACCAGAACAUUCAGGACGGCAGCCUGGACCUGAACGCGGCCGAAUCAGGGGUCCAGCACAAGCCGUCUGCCCCGCAGGGCGGCCGGCUAACCAGCGAAGCACAGCCUCAAAGGGAAGGAUGUGGCUGCUAAUGACCAACACUACUCACUCGACCGCUCAUCCCCGUUCACCUCUCCCUCCUCCUCCUCCUCCCAUCACUCCGCCCGGCCUCGUCCUUUCCCAACUCGCAGGGGGGUGUGAGCAGGGGCCGAUGAACGGAGGCAACUACACACAGACUCGACUGUUUGUCCGUGACUCUCCCCCGCUCCAUCACUUUCUCUUUCACUUGAUAACCGCUUUGUCCUUUUCCUUCCCUCAUGCUCUGCCUGAGUAUCGGCCGAUAUCCGAUACCGGUCAGAGGUACGAGAAGCACGAUGGCGGCGUGAUGGUGUUUAAUCAGCGAUCUGUUGCGUCAGUCGACACCACGAAUGUUCAAAAAGCAUCAAUCAGAACAGAAAUCGAUUCCGAGACAGUAUUGACCGUAAUACCGGUACUCAGGAUCAGACGGUACGUCCAUACUAGCAGCAGAAUCCCGUCAGAUUAACAGUGUGUGUGUUAUUAUAGCGUGUUCAUUGUUUGGGGAUGUUUGAGUCAAUUCUCUCUCUCUCUCUCUCUCGACACAUUACGAAAAGGCACUUCUCCUUGCUUAAUCUUUUACAAGAUUCCCAAUUUUUUGUGCUGGGCCUCAGUUUUCCCUUCCCGAACCAGCAUUUGAUUCGUUGCCUUAUGAUUCAUGUUAUUAUUCUAGCCAUCACUGAUUAAUCUUAUUCUGUUGCUCAGAAUUAAACAUGCAGUUUUACAUGGUUGAGAGAGGUUUUUUUUUUUUUUUUUUUUUUUAAUUUUAUGAUUUGAUCUCAGUGUGACAGGAAACAGCUUCGUUCGUGAAUGCCGUGUGGUAGAUGCGCUUGCUCUGGCUGUAAAUUUGACCUGCAGCUGUGCUAUAGGCUUGUACAGAAACACUGCAGAUCAGAAAAGGUAUAAAUCCACACCUGUGGCGUUGGAGGGAAGAGAUCAGUGUUGGUUUCACUCAGCGUACCGUAUAAAACACUUACUCAGCAGCUGUAUAUAUGGCUAAAUAUGUCGGGGGCGGGGUUUAGAGCAGCAGUCUUUCAGUUGUACAGCGGCUACGUGAGUCACUGGUAACCUUUUGACUAGGAAAUUCUUUAACAUUUUCUAUGACUAAAUGUGUGUGUGUCUGGACACACUCUCGCUUUGCUUACAGGGUGUUCAGGUUCAAUUCCACUACGCACCCCCUUACAUGCGACAAAAUCCUAUCCACCUUCGACUUCAGCUCUACACUGGAAGUUCUUUAGAGAGAACGGAGAGAACGCUGCUCAAAGCCUUUGAGAAGCGAGCGGUUUCGUUAGAGGAAGUUCUUCAUGCUCCGUCCGUCUCUUCAGUGUCCGAGUAACCACUUCUGGCUGCGUCCAUCAGUCGUAUGAACUUUAUACAUACGAGUACAUUUUGAAGGAGCUGCACUAACAUUAAAACGCAUUCUCACGUGUAUAAGAUUCAAAUGUUGAUAUUUUGAUUUUAAUGAUAAUAAAAUAUUCUAAACAGAAA